UAGAAGGAUUCCAUGCACGCGAUGCGCUUGGCUAUAUUGUAUAUGUAGAGGGCCGCGUCCCAUGUGCUUUUCGACUUUACGACUUCUCGUGCUCCGUCGCCCUUUCCGUCAAGUUCUUGGGUGGGAAAGUCUACUCCUGGAAGUCGUUGACUUCCGUACAUUCGCUUUUUCUUUAACCUAGUCUUUCGCUACAACAUUCUUCACUAUGCGCGGUCUUAGCUUAAUAACCGGCCUUCUGGCCGCCUUCGUGCCCGAGGUUUCAGCGGCCGGCUGCAGCUCGGCUCUUACCAUCGAUAACUUCUCCAAGUUUUCGAGCAACACCAACAGCCUGGGCCAAUGGACGAGCGAUGACUCUAGCAUGCAGUCUAUCUCGGCUGCGUCCGGAGUCCUGUCCUUCACGCCCAAGGCGAACGCCUACUUCUACGAGACAUUUACGUGUCAGGCCGCUUCCGGAAAUGGCUACAACUCUGUUCAGUUCACCAUCAAGGGGCCGAAGGGCGGCUCGCUGAAUCUGGAACUCCAGACAAAGACUUCAUGCUCGGCCACGACGUACAAGUCGGCCUAUGUUGCCGUGACUGGCCUGACUGGUAACACGCAGACGAUCACGCUCCCUCUCAGCCAAUUUUCGGGCGCCAACGCCAACGCCGUCAGCAGCAUUGUCUGGUCUGGCUUCUCCUCCAACACGGCAUGGCAGCUCAGCAAUGUCCAGUUUGGCUGUGGCGGCGCUGCUUCAUCGGCUGCCCCAUCUGCUACCAAGGACGCUGUGUCGACUAUAUCAUCUGCCGCUCCCCAAAAAUCUGGAACCCCUUCCAAGGACGGAUCUUGUGGCAGCAAAACUGGUACCAACUGCGUUGGCUGGGUUGAUGGCGAGUGCUGCUCUCAGUACGGCUAUUGUGGAAAGUCUGACGCGCACUGCGGUACUGGCUGUAACCCGCUGUAUGGCAACUGUGCUGGUACUUCAGCGUCCGCUUCUAAGGAUGUUGUCUCCAGCACUGCUACCGGCUCUCGCACCACGCUUCUGACGUCCACCCGCACUACUCUUGCGACGACUGCUUCCGCUUCCGCUUCGGGCACGUGCUCCAACCUCCUUAUCGACGACUGGGUCUCGCAGUCCCGCCUGACGUUCCUAUUCUACAAUGCUAUGCUUCAGCCUUCUUCAGAUGAUGCUUCGAUGACUUCGCUUGUUGUCGGCGCUCCGUCGCCUAACCGCGUUACCAUCAACCCCAAGGACACCAGCUCUUACUUCUACUCUCAGUUCGACUGCGUUAACGCUAAGAAUAUAUACGGCGGAAUUUCCCUCAAGAUCAAGGCCCCCAAGGGUACCACCUUCUCGGUUGAACUCGAUUCCUCGGCCACCUGCGACCCCACAAAGGCCGUUCAGGUUACUGUGACCACCUCAGACCUCGGAUGGACAUUCGACGGCACCGAAAAGCUUUACUCUAUCCCUUUCAGCAAGUUCUCUGGUCUUGAUACCAGCAAGCUUACCACUGUUCUUUUCGGUGGCUUCACCAAGUCUGUUUCCUUUGGUCCUAUGGGCUUUUACUGCGGCAGCACUGGCACUGAGGUCAAGAUUACCACUACCAGUGCUGUUGCUGGCCCGACCUCCACCGUCGCUGCGCCCAGUGGCACAGCCGCCGCUCUUGUCAUCGACAAGUUCGCCAACGCUGACAGCAACGCUCUUGGCUUCUGGCACGGCUACGACGAGGGCAUGAAGGUCACCAUCAGCGGCUCCAAGGCAACCAUCGUGUCCAGCGAUGCUGACUACUCAUUCUACACUCAGCUGUCGGCCUCCUGCACGGACAUGACCAAGUACAAGGGCUCCUAUCUUCACAUCGCUUACUCUGGCAGCACUGCUUUCACUGUCGCUCUCCAGCAGCACAACUCCAAGUGUGACGAUUCAAUUGCGCCGUACCCUGAGACCUGGGACUCUCUCGAGGCAACCCGGUACGCCAAGAACGGACAUAUCUACAUGCCCAUCAACCACUUCAACAUUCAGCUCACUCGCACGGUCGGUAUCGCCAUCAAGGGCUUUUACAAGUCCGACCAAGUUGUCCUCUCUACCAUUGAGAUCGUUCCUUCUGUGCCUUCCGGCUACACCAUUCCCAACAAGCUCGAGUCUGGUGACCUUGUCUUCGCCUGCAAACGCCCCAACAGCUUCGCUUUCGCCAUCGAUGACGGCUCGCCGGAGUAUUCUCAGCAGGUCCUUAAGAUCAUCAAGGAGGAGAAUAUCAAAGUCACCUUCUUCACCGUCGGUGCGCCUCUUCUCGAUGCCUCCACCAACCUGACCAACGUCUACCGUGAGAUGGAGGCUGCUGGCCACCAGAUUGCACUUCACUCGUACACUCACCCGAAGAUGGAGGGACUGCCAGACUACGCCGCUAUUGAUUGGGAGUACAAGGAGGAUAUCGACACCGUCGCCAAGCAGUUCAACGGCCUGCACACUAAUUAUUUCCGCCCUCCCUUUGGAACUGAGGGUGCCCGUAUGCGCCAGCGUCUUGCGCAGACCCUCGGAGCCAAGCCAACCAUCACCAUGUGGAGCGUUGACGUCGAGGAUUGGUUGUGGGCGCAGACCGACACCCCCGAGGAGCAGCUCAAGGCCUUUGAGCGUGAUGUCAACAAGGGCGGCAACCUUGUCGUCAUGCACUACCUAUACCCCAGCACUGUCGGGUAUCUUCAGCAGUUCAUCCAGAUCGCCAAGAAGACUGGAAAGCAGCUCAUGCGUGUUGACCAAUGUAUGAUGGAUCCCAACGCCCCGGCUUUGUAGAGUGACAAUGGGGAAUGGGAGGGAUGGGAUGAUGGGUGGAGUUGAGCAGGUGGGAAAAGUGAUGUUCAUAUGUAACGACGUCCGUAUGUAAUUCUUAAUGCGUUCUAACUGAACAUCUCAUCAACACCAUGCGCGCUGUCUUCUCCUUGGGCCUGACUCCUAAGUGGCUGACAUGGCGCAAUGCCUUUCUUCA